AUGAGUUCAGAAAAUUCCAGCGGAACCGCUGAAGUGGAGUCGCUAGGGAUGCCAGAAAAGACGAAUUGCUUCAUGAAUUCUCCUGAAAUCAGAUGUUCUCCGUCUCCGUGCAUUUUUGAUUGGGAUGAAAAUGUUAGAAGGUGUGGAGAAAACACCCUGUACCCGAACCGAUCGCCGUCAAGGUCACCAUCUCCAGGUUCCGAUUCCUGCCCUUCUCCUAGAUUAGGCAGCAAGGGCUACUAUAGGGGAAGCAACGGCCCUUCCAGUCCCGUGUUAGGGUCCAGAAGAGGAUCCACCACUGGAUAUGAGCAGUAUCAAAAGAGUUUGCUGGAAGUGCCCAUCUGCAUCGACUAUGGUGAUCCUUCCAGUGAUGAUCUGAGUUCUGAGUGGGAUUCUGAUGUGCCGGAGCCCAGAAAGGAAGCUUCCUCGAAGCCCUCUGGUUGGAGAAAACUGAGGAAUAUAGUGCAAUGGACGCCCUUCUUCCAGACCUACAAGAAACACAGAUAUCCAUGGGUCCAGCUGGCUGGACAUCAGGGCAAUUUCAAGGCAGGACCAGACCAGGGAACCGUCCUCAAAAAGCUGUGUACGAAAGAAGAGAAAUGUUUCAAGGUUCUGAUGAAAGAUGUUCUGAGACCGUACGUACCUGAAUACAAAGGACUAGUUGCUAGUGAUGACGGAGAAUGUUCCUAUAUCCAGUUACAGGACCUCCUGGGAGAUUUCGUGUCUCCUUGUGUCAUGGACUGCAAAAUUGGCGUUCGCACUUAUCUAGAGGAGGAGCUUGCCAAAGCGAAAGAGAAGCCUAAAUUAAGAAAGGACAUGUACGAGAAGAUGUGCCAAAUCGACACGACCGCGCCCACGGAAGAGGAGCACAAGCUGAAGGGCGUGACGAAACCGCGGUACAUGGUGUGGAGAGAGACGAUAUCCUCGACGGCGACCUUGGGGUUCCGAAUAGAGGGAAUCCGCAGUGCGGAUGGCACCUCGACGAAGGACUUCAAAACGACGAAGACCAAGGACCAGGUGAUGGCCUCUUUCGAGAAGUUCACCGAAGGGUUUCCGCAUGCAGUGCCGAAGUAUAUCCAGAGACUGAAAGCCAUCAAGGCUACACUUGAGAGUUCAUCAUUCUUCAAUACACAUGAGGUGAUCGGUAGUUCACUUCUUUUCGUCCACGACCGGUACAACGCCAACGUAUGGUUGAUAGAUUUCGCCAAGACGAUCGUUUUGCCUGAAAACGUGAAGAUAACGCAUAAUUCCAAAUGGAAAGUGGGAAACCACGAGGACGGAUACUUGAUAGGAGUGGAGAAUCUGAUCAAGAUUUUCAUGACGAUGUUGGAACAGCAGCCGAUUACGAUCAGUCCUCCAAUGAUGCUUCAAGAGCCUUCUGAAGUUGUUAGAGAAAAUGUAGACAAUACUUGA